AUGAGAAUCGUUUUUUUUCUGCAUUAUAUUAUCAUAGUUACAAUUAACAGAUUUUAUUUAACUAAUACAUGCAAUUCUAUAUACUAUCCACCAACAGAAUGUAUUGAUAAACUUGAUCAUUAUGAAUGUAUUUGUCGACAAGGUCAAUUAUGGAAUGGAUAUUCAUGUGUUGCUGAUGCAGUUGAUUCAAGACUUGUUUUUAAUGGAAGUUAUUUUCCAUCAUAUAUUGAACUUGAUAGUAAAACAUUUCCACGUAUUUCAGAAUUAACAAUUUCAUUUUGGAUACGAAUAUGGCCUAAAUUAGAUUCACUUUAUCAUACAAUUCUUUAUUAUAAAAUAGAUGAUCAUCCUCCUGUUUUAUUAGUUUCAAUAAUUGAUAAUUCUCGUUUACAUAUAGAAUUAUUAAAUCAUAUUUAUGAUGUAUCAACACCAUUGCCAAUGAAUCAAUGGCAUCAUGUUUCAAUUGCACAUCAUCUUUCACGAAGUGAAGGUAUCAAAAUUAUGAUCAAUGGUUCUCUUGUUGUUGUUUUAAUUUCAUCAAAACUUUCUUCACAUGAUAAACGUAAUCAUCACGCAAUUAUAAGUAGUGGUGGUGAUUUUUUUGUUGGUCAAACAAUACGUACAAUAAAUGUGACAAGUAUUAGUACAACAGAAGAUUUUGAAUUUGAUACACAACGAGCAUUUUAUGGUGAAAUUGCUUUUUUAAAUUUAUGGCAAAAAGUUUUAUCUGAACAUGAAUUAUCUCAAUUAGCAACUGAUUGUCAUGUACAAAGACAAGAAUGUGGUGAUGCUGUUCCUUGGAUGGAUUUUGUUAAUGAUAUUAAAGGUGGAAUUAAAAUACAUUGGCCAUCAGGACUUUAUUCAUUAUUUUCUAAUUGUCCAACACAACCAAUGCUUCAUGAAUCCUGUAAUAAUUAUUGUCGGAAACUUGAAGGACCUCAUUGUAAAAAUGAAAGUCAAUUGAGUAUAAUUUGGCAAAAAGCUGCAGCUGGUGAAAAAGUUGUAAAACAUUGUCCGGGACAUGUGAAAAAUGGUAGUGCAUAUCGAACAUGUCGACGUAUUGAAAAAAUAGCACUUUGGACAAAUAUCGAUUAUAAUGAAUGUACACAUCCAUUAAUAAAUGCAAUUGAUCAAGAAUUAGAAACACCAACAACAUCGAAUAAAGAAGAUAUGAUUGCACUUCGUGAUAAAUGUGAAUUUCUAGCUGAUGUAACAACAAUGAAUUUAACUACAACACAAUUAUAUAGUACAAUUGAUCUUAUUUUACUUAUUGAACAAAUUGAACGAUUAAGAAAUAUUUUAACAAGUCAUUUUGAUAGUUUAACACAAUGGUAUUCAUCAGCUUAUGAACCAUUUUAUGCAGCUGAUGUAAAUGCAACUCUAUCUAUACAUCGAUAUUUAGUUGAAACUAUAUCAAAUUUAAUUGAUGAAAGAUAUUUAUCAUUAUGGAUUGGAACAAAUCCAUUAGGCAAUGAUUUUAUUCGUUUAUUAACUGCACUUCAAAGUAUAACUAUGACUCUUGGACAAGUCUUAGUUAAUGAUUGUAAACAAUUUCCUGGUUGUGUACAUAAUAUCUAUACACCAAAUAUAAAUCAAACAAUAAAUAUAUUAAAUCGACAAGAUUUAAAUUCAUUUUCUUAUGAAAAUAUUGAUACGCAAACAAAAGUUGGUUUUAUGAAUAUAAAGAAAAUUCCAAAUAAUAAUAAUAGAACAACAUUAAAUUAUGAUGAUAAAAAUAAUGGUUCUGGUUGGUAUUCUGUAUCUAUUACAAGUAUACGUACAGCUCAUCUUUAUAUACCAAAUCUUCGAUUAGGACGAAUUUCGAAAUAUGAUAAUAUAAAUAGUCAUGUUAUUUCAAUUGAUAUUAAACUUCGUAAAUCAAUUCAACAAACAGAUCGUCUUUCAACACUUGUACCAAUUAGUAAUAUACCUGUAUUUAUAACAAUGGGUUAUUUAAAAUAUGAUAAUAUCUCAGGUAAUCAAUGUGUUUAUCUAGAUACAACUAAUGUAUUCACAAAUAAACAAUACAAAACAACACUUUUUCGUCAAUGGGCUUGGCAAAGUUUACCAUCGACAUGCAAGAUAAAUGCAAUUCCUAUGUCUGAUAAAGCUACAUGUUCAUGCUUAAUUUCAAAUGCAACAAUUGCCAUUACAAGCGAUAUGUUUGAUCCAAAAUGGCGUCCACCGGAAUCUCGAAUGUAUCUGUUUGGUAUAUUUUCUUAUAUUGGUUCAUUUAUUCAUAUAUUGUUUGCAUUACUUACAUUAAUUAUGUUGAAUUAUCUUCGAACUCACUCAUCAGCAGCAUAUAUUCAUAAACAUUAUUCAUUUGUUUUAUGUUGUUCACAAGUUAUUUUAAUUUUAGCAUUCAAUGGUAUACCAUCUAAACAUCUAUUUCUUUGUCGUGCUGUAGCAUUUACAGCACAUUUUUUUAUACUUUCAUCUUAUUGUUGGUUAAUGAAUGAAGCAUUUAAUUUAUAUAUUCAAAUAACUUAUUCAACACAUCCAGCUGUUGCUGGUGCGAAUGCAGCUCUUUCCGAUGCUGCUUCAAAAUAUCGAUUUUUGGGAAUGGGUUAUAUUUUACCUUUUUGUAUUGUAACAUUAUUGGCAUCAAUUAAAAAAUCAACAUAUUUUUUGCCAGUAAAACUACAUUUAUGUUUUAUUGAUCUUGAUGAUUGGUUUAAAAUAUAUUUUAUGCCGAUAUUAGGAAUUAUAUUCAUUACAAUUAUGGUCAUGAUUUUUUCAGCUAAACAACAUCAUGAAAGUUCUUAUACAAAAAAUGAAAAAGCAAAUGAAGUUAUUGUAACGUAUACUGGUGGUAUUUGGUCUCAAUUAUUUUUAAUAACAGUCAGUUGGUCACUCGCCAUUUUUCCUUAUUUUUAUGAUGAAACUAUUCUUCGAUUAUUACAUGGAUUUUUUAGUAGUUUACAAGGAGGUUUUCUUUUUCUUUCAUUUUUUUUGUUUAAUGAUGAGAUUCGUCGUCAUUAUCGUGAUCGUCGUCGUCAGUUACGUCGUAUACAAUUAACGGAAGUUCCCUAUCGUACUUCAUCAGCAGAAUCUGAUGGUCAACGUUCAUCGAUUAUUGUACCUGCUGUAACACCACAAUUAUUAGUUGAAACAACGAAUUCAAUAGUAACAACAACACCCGCAAAAGUAACUUCAGUUGCAUCAGUUUUUACAAAUCUUUUAACUAAAAAUCGGUCAUGUUCGUCAACACGUCAUUAUGAUUAUGAAGAAAUGAAAUGGACAUUAAGACGAAAAUCAUCCGAUGAAAUACUAACAUCACGAGAAGUUAUUACAAAUAAAAAUGCUAUUAGUAAAGAUGCUAAAGAUUAUCGUGUUACUGUUGUUUAA